AUGGUUACUGAAGAUGUGCAGCAAAUUGUAAAAUGUCAAGCGACACGAAAGAAAGCAGCAAUUCACGACUUAAAUGAAAUUCGCGGCAAACUUCAUAUCUAUCUUGGCUUUGUUCAUAUCUAUCUCAUUGUUAUACGAAUAUCUAUCUAUCUAUCUAUCUAUCUAUCUAUCUAUCUAUCUAUCUAUCUCAUUCUAUUGAUUAUCUAUCUAUCUAUCUAUCUAUCUAUCUAUCUAUCUAUCUAUCUAUCUCAUUCUAUUGAUUAUCUAUCUAUCUAUCUAAUUCUGAUCAUUAUCUAUCUAUCUAACCUCAUUCAGUUCAUAUCUAUCUAUCUCGCUGUGUUCAUAUCUAUCUCAUUGUUCAUAUCUAUCUAUCUAUCUAUCUAUCUAUCUAUCUAUCUAUCUAUCUAUCUCAUUCUAUUGAUUAUCUAUCUAUCUAUCUAUCUAUCUAUCUCAUUCUAUUGA